AGAAAUUUUUUUAAAAUCAUGUUUUAAAUUUUAAUUGCAGAUAUGCGUGGCAAUUGGUCAUUGUGGUCAUAUAAUAGCACAGUUUCAUUUUUCUUGCAAUGGCAAAUGACAAGUGUCAAGUAACAAGAUGGGCGAUGGCAACACUUUUUUUACCGUCAUGCGUCACUGUUAUCUUGCUUGAAAAUUUAUGCCGAAAAUUUAAACAAAAUACCUACUUCAUAGCUUUUAUCAUUAAGGACAAGUUUAUUUUAAUUUAAGUAUUUCUUGUAAAUUGACAUAAUUUGUAAUAAAAAGGUUCUAAUAGUUGAACCAAAAAACUAAUGAUGGAGAUUUCUUUUAAAGGCAAAAGAAUUCUUGUCACCGGUGCUGGCCAAGGUAUUGGACGAGGGAUCGCAGUGGAAUUGUGGCGAGCUGGGGCUAAUAUUGUCGCUUUGUCCAGAACUAGAUCGCACCUGGAAGCAUUGCAGAGUGAAUAUCCCUCAAUAGACAUAGUGGAUGUAGAUAUUGCUGACUGGGAAAAGACCCGAUCCAUAGUCGAGUCUUUAGGACCCUUUGAUGCAUUGGUGAAUAAUGCAGCUGUUGCCAUAUGUGAACCCUUCCUUAGUUGUACACCUUCUGAUUUUGAUAAAAUGUUUAAUGUAAAUGUUAAAGCUGUGUUAAAUAUCAGCCAAGUUGUAGCAAGAAAUAUGAUAGAAAAUAAAAUACAAGGCACCAUUGUUAAUAUAUCCUCACAAGCAUCAAAGGCUGCGUUACAAGACCAUGCCAUAUAUAGUGCUUCAAAGGCAGCUUUGGAUGCGUUAACUCGUUCAAUGGCUUUGGAACUAGGACCGCAUGGCAUUAGAGUGAAUGCUGUGAACCCAACUGUUAUAUUGACUGCUAUGGCGAAAGUCGGCUGGUCUGAUGAGAAGAAAAGUAAAGAAAUGAAAUCAAAAAUUCCUCUAGGAAGAUUUGGAGAAGUCUCAGAAGUAGUGAAUGCUGUAGUAUUUCUUCUGAGUGAAAGAUCUAGUAUGAUUACAGGUGUUGAGUUGCCAGUAGAUGGGGGCUUCCUUGCUACAUAAAUAUAAAACUUAUUUUAUUUUAUAUGAUAUUUUGAGAUCUGUUGAAUAUUUUAAUGUACCAAAGAGUAAAUGCCUAAAAGCUAAGAAUAAAAGAAAAAUUUAAAGGGUACAAAAUAAGUGUAAUUAUUCUUUCAUGUAACAAAUUGUGUUUAUGCUAAAACUUAAAUAUUCUGAUUAAUUUAAAUUUAAAAUUGUGUAAUUUUUAUCAUAUUACUUUAUAUCUAUAUAGUAUAGAAUAAAAUAAUAUACUAAAAUAAAGCUUAAUUCUAAUGUUUGUAUAUUGAUAAAAUAUGCAUUGAUAUUUUUUUAUUAAAAAGCUUUUGUUUAAGCUUGCCUUCCUAACAUAAUUAACCAAAGUGUAAUCAAUGUACCUUUGUUUU